GGUUCCUUUUUACCGUGCAGCAUGUGAGGCUGUGCUGUCUCUAGGCCGGUUUUCCCCCCUCUUCUUCUUCAACAUGCACAUAUCAGAGCAGAAGUAAUUGGUUUGCAUUUUUUUUUUGCCCCCUCCCAUAAUCAGAGAAAUCGUGAUCAGGUACGUAUCUAGCAGAACAGCUUCCCUGGGAAUGGCUGCUGGCUGCUGAGUCGCACUGCUAGAGAGAAAGAGAGAGGGAGAAAGAGAGAGGAAAAAAAAGGAAGAUGCUGAAAUGUCGAUAGCAGCCUGUGCUGUCUUAGACUGCUACAAGAUUCUGAUCACCGGGUUCCAGUGAUACCGCACGUAGCAGACCUGCCGCUACUACCGCAGAUCCUAAUCUGAGCCAUGCUAAGUGAUCUAGCCAAGCCAAGGAGGUCAGGUUGAGAAACGAGAAAAAAAAAAAGACGUCGUGAUCGCCUCUAUUAAAGAUCCAGUCUGAGGUUUGGACUAAGAACCGGACCGGCGAACUUUUUCAAGGAUUUGCAUUAUUCUGAGGACAUUUUGAUCCUUUUAUUAUUUUUUUUCUUCCGAGGGGCAUCUUUUCAGCAAACGGUGUCUGUUGAUGAUCCACGCAUGCGCAGCCCUAUUGGGAAUUAUCGUCUAGCUUGAGACUUUUGUUGCAUUCCUUAAACCUUCUCUUCUUUAUUACAAAUAUAUUUUAAUAUAUAUAUACAUAUAAAAACAACUUAGUAAUGUGGACGCUCCAGGACAGAGGAUAUUUGGGGAUUAUAUCGUUUCCUAUGAUGGUAGCCAUGGUUUGCUACGCGCAGAGUGUUAAUGAACCCAGCAACAUGUCAUAUGUAAAAGAAACAGUGGACACAUUGCUCAAGGGAUAUGACAUUCGACUGAGGCCGGAUUUCGGAGGCCCUCCUGUGGAUGUGGGGAUGCGAAUAGCCAUUGCUAGCAUAGACAUGGUUUCAGAAGUCAACAUGGACUAUACUCUAACAAUGUACUUCCAGCAGUCGUGGAGAGACAAAAGACUUUCAUAUUCAGGAAUUCCUCUGAACCUUACAUUGGACAACAGGGUAGCCGAUCAGCUCUGGGUACCAGAUACAUACUUUCUUAAUGAUAAGAGAUCAUUUGUUCAUGGGGUUACCGUGAAGAACAGAAUGAUUCGACUGCAUCCCGAUGGAACGGUCCUUUAUGGCUUAAGGAUUACAACCACGGCUGCAUGUAUGAUGGAUCUUCGGCGUUACCCUUUAGAUGAACAAAACUGCACACUUGAAAUUGAAAGUUAUGGAUAUACAACGGAUGAUAUUGAAUUUUAUUGGAACGGAGGUGAUAAAGCCAUUACGGGAGUUGAAAAGAUUGAGCUGCCUCAAUUUUCAAUUGUUGAUUACAAAAUGGUUUCAAAGAAAGUCGUGUUUUCGACAGGAUCCUAUCCCCGUCUGUCACUCAGUUUUCGACUGAAAAGAAACAUUGGCUACUUCAUUCUGCAGACGUAUAUGCCUUCUACGCUAAUUACGAUUUUAUCGUGGGUAUCGUUCUGGAUCAACUAUGAUGCAUCAGCUGCAAGAGUUGCUUUGGGUAUUACCACUGUGCUGACCAUGACUACCAUUAGCACUCAUCUGAGAGAGACUCUACCGAAGAUCCCAUAUGUGAAAGCUAUCGAUAUCUACCUAAUGGGAUGUUUUGUGUUUGUAUUCUUGGCCUUGCUUGAAUAUGCUUUUGUGAACUACAUUUUCUUUGGAAAAGGCCCUCAGCUGCAGAAAAAGGCAGCAGAAAAAGCAGAGAAAGCAAAUAAUGAAAAGUCAAAACUGGAAAUGAACAAAGUUCAGGUUGAUGCCCAUGGAAACAUUCUUCUGACAACUCUCGAAAUAAGGAAUGAAGUCAGCGGGUCAGAAGUCUUAACAAGCAUCAGUGACCCAAGAGCCACCAUGUAUUCUUAUGAUAGUGCCAGCAUCCAGUAUCGAAAACCGCUAUCCAAUAGAGAGAUGUACAGCAGAAAUACCUUGGAUAGGCACAUGGUUCACAAAAAGGGCCGUUUACGGAGAAGUGCAUCUCAGAUAAAAAUUAAAAUCCCUGAUUUGACUGAUGUAAAUGGCAUAGACAGAUGGUCAAGAAUGAUUUUCCCUGUUGCUUUUGUGUGUUUUAAUGUUGUGUAUUGGCUUUAUUAUAUACACUAAUUUAUGCAAUUUACACCUUUAUGAAGAUCUUAGUUCUAUUUUUUGAUCCUGAUGGGACUGCAUUAGCCAUAAUGCUGCAAAUUCAAGGUAAGAUAUUCAGCCAUCUAAUUGAUUUUAGUGUUCUACGCACUGCCAUUAUUAUUCCAGAUAACAGCGCCUUUUAUUCUUAAAAAGCAAAGUGAACAAUUUUAUUUUUAACAAAGAAAAACAAAGAUUAUUCCAAUACAUUACGGUAAGGAAAAGCUUUAUAAAACUGAUUUCACAUGUUGUUUCGCGAGGGCACCACAUUGCAGAGAAGUUGUUAAACCACAAUUGUGCAUUACACGGGUAAUAAUUGUGUCUUUGGUACUUUUUAUUGACUGUUUUAAUUUCUCAUUUGCUUCAGAUCAACACAGUGAUAUAAACAUAUCAAGCUAAAUUUUAAGUCAUUUGAAGAGACUGUUUACAAUUACAUGUUCACAACUUUUGUGUAAACACCAAAUAUUUUAAUAGGUGGGUGUAAAAAACUAUCAUUGUUGCCAUAAACGUCUUAAAAAGCCAUGUGUUAUAGUGCCAGUAAACUUCAACAUUUUGAGAAGACAGCUUCAACUUUAUAUGUUAGAAGCUGUUUUCUCCGAGUUACUGGCACUGCCUGCAUGCAGACAGAAAAUAAAAAUACAACCAGACAAAA